AUGUCCCCAGACUUGGCAGAAGUUGGUUUUCUGACCAGAAAUAUACUUAUUCGAGGAGAAAUGGAAGACUCCUGUUAUGGACAAUAUCAACGCCAGUUUUUCUCUUUUGAUACAUUUGGAGGGCACAUUAAAAUCCUAAGGAAUUUUAGCUCUGUUCACAUGUCAGGAGUGGAACUAAAAAGCAUGGGGCAACAGAUCCUGGGCAGUUACCCUGAGCAUUUUCACCUGGCUGAGGAUGUGGAUGAGAGAGGAGGAUAUGAACAUCCAGUGCACCUCAGUAACCUGGCUAUCACCACUGCUUCUCGGGGUGGAACUCGUGGCCUUCUGAGCGUGAUUCUGUGUACAGAGUCAGGAGGCUUGUCCAAUAUGGCUGUCAGCACGUUCUGGAUUGCAAAUCCAAACAACAACUUAAUAGAGAAUGCAGUGGCUGGUGCUCAGGAUUUUGGGAUAUGGUGCCUCUUCCACUGGGUCCCCACCAGGCAGUGAGGAAGACACCCAGAGGGACAGGCUGAACACACCCUGGGAGCGUUUUACAGAGUCCACUCCAAUUCCAAAGCUGGUUUGUUUAUUGGAAAAGGAGUAAAGGCAGUGAGAGCUGAGUCUCUCACUGGCGAUAAUGCCAGGUUUUGCCCACAUCAAGAUGCUGUUCCUGAAAAGCCACGGGUUCCUGCCAUGAUUGAUGGUCUUAUUGCUCUUAAAAAUAAUGUCCACAGGGCCUGGGCCAGGGAUGGUGACAUUAUUUUCUGCAGCUCAGGGUUUUCAGACAAUGGAAUUGGACUCACUCUGACAAGUGAUGGGACUUUCCCAACAGACAAUGGCUCCAGCCUGGAGGUUACAUGUUCCAUUUUUGUUGGAGAAAGCAGCAACUUUGGCUCCCAGGGAGGCCAAAACAGCUACUGGAGAAAAGGGGCAAAUGGAGAACACAGAACACUGCCCAGAAACAAGACAUUCCCUGUCCAUUGAUUCCAGAUUUAUGAUGGGUCUAUCAGGAUGGCAAGAUGCACUUUCAAGAAGUUCACCCUGACUGUUCACAGAUACUCAAGUGCCAUCGGGUUUUUCAUGAUAAAUUCCUGGCAGAUCAGCCCUCAGAACAAUGUGUCACAGAUCCUGAUGGAGAAAAGUGUUGGACUGAAAGUGUUUUUUGGCAGACCAGGCCAGUGGUUUGGAAACAAUCACUAUGAAAAUGUCCCAUGGUGUGGAUGGCUGGGUGACAGGGUAUCCAGACACCUUCAGAGGCAGAGCAGACAGAAACUGCUGCCUCAGUUUCCCCUGCUGGAAUGGGAUGACAUGUUCUGGGAAACUCACAGUUCUGGAGAGCAUUCACUCAGUGGCCACUGUCACUGCAGGAGACCAAAUGACACUCUACAACUUCACAUCCAGGCCAGAUGCCCCAAGAACCUGACCUUCACUGCCAGAGCAGCAUUCCCUUCCCAUCCCAUGUGGCUGCCAGGCAUGUGCCAACAGUGCCAACCUGUUGUCAUGCUCCAGCAGGAUUAAAUCCUCCAGUGGAAUGGCAGAGCACCUGAAAACGUCACCCUGGACCCCAGCAACUUCAACAGAGGAGACUGGCUGCGUGUCACCCUCUGCUAUCCCAGGGAAGUUGUUUUCCAGGUGGUGGCAUGUGUCCCAGUGAGGGACAGGGACAGUGCCCAGCGUCCAGCACAUGGAACUGGCGAGCUGUUGGAUCUAUUGGUUCUGUUGGAUCUGUUGGAUCUGUUGGUUCUGUUGGAUCUGUUGGUUCUGUUGGAUCUGUUGGAUUUCUUGGAUUUCUUGGAUCUUCCACCCAACAGAGCCCUGGUUUCUAUCAUCAGCACACCCUCAGCUGAGUACAUAAGGAUCCAGAUCCAGUCUCUUGGCAGGGCAGACAUACAAAACCACUUUACAUCUGCAUUCAUUAAGGUAAAUGGCACAGUGCUCCUGUUCACCAGCACUGGGAUUUUCUUCGUGGUGCUGGAUGCAUGUUCAGGAGCAGUCAUGGGUAGGCAGCACUUUGACACAGUUACCAGUGAAAACCCUGCCUGUGCAGUCACUGAUUAUGUUCAAACAUCCAUAAAAGAGAGAUCACUUGUCCUUGUGUGCUCUAGAAAUAUCACAGACAUGCUGGGCAUGUCUGAAAUGUCAGUUUUUGUCAGGUUAGGUUCAGCAAAGCUUAUUAUCUUCCACAAGGGAGGGGGUUUUGCCAGGCUUGGCUAUAAAGGACAAGCCAAACCAUCCUGGAUUAAAGUCUUUAAUCAUGCUGGUUAUCAGAAAGCUGCUUCUCUUCAGCAUUAUGUUCCCUUGAAACUGCAAGAAUAUCAGUGUCCUGACAAUACUGUUGAGCCACUAAAAUUUGCUUUUUCUCAUAUCUGCUUGGAGCACAUCUCUGCAAAGGCUGGGGUGCCCUGGGGCACUGCUGGGGAGCACCAGCCAGGCAGAGCCCAGCACCACCACCACCAAAACCUGCUGUUCUGGCUAGAUUGUACCAAACUGAGAGUGUUCACUUGUAUAUUGUAUAACCAAUAAAUAUAUUCUCACCUUACCCUCUGUGGUAGAGCUUUAUUUUUCCACCAGUGCCUUGCAGAGCAGAACAGGAGCAGUCUGUGGGCUGUCCUUCCCCAGGGGAAGUGUUUCAACGUAUCUGUGAUCUGGUGUCAAAAGGUAAGUUUUAAAGGCAAGAGCUGCUCUGUGGUAACUGUGGGACUACAAAUAAAAUUUGGCGCGGAAAUUUAGCAAUUCCAGGGAAACAUGAACUUAUGCAAAGGGAGGGAAUUCUCCCUUCAUUCCUACUUCUACCCAUUAAUGUCUGCUUUUUAAAAAAGGUGUCCAUCUGCUGUGGCAUCUUAGGUGAACUCAGCAACCUCUGCUUGGUCAGUGUGCAGUGAUCUCAUGACAAUGUCUUCCAAUCAAACCGAGCACAAGGAUGAGUUAUAAAUGUGUUUCUGUCUGAAGCUAAUGACUAGUCAAAUGAUGUUUGUCUAACUGAUGUGAACACUUAAUUAAGGACCUAGAGGAAUAAAACCCAGGAUAAAGUAUGUGCUGCUUAGGGUAAAGUCUUGUGUUCCUUUCAGGCAAUGCUCAUGUCGACCUUUGGCUCCCAUUGAGGACUGAAAUAUUGUCAGUAUUAGUGGUUAAUUCUCUUUGCUUUCUGUUUAUGCUGCAGCUGUUGAAGUAAACACAAAUAUAGAGAUUUACACGCAAAGUGAGAAAAAACUGAUAGCCUCGCUGACUGCAGCUAAGCACAAAGUGGCCCUGAAAUGAUGAAGGAGUCACUUGGGUUUGAACAUGAUGCUACUUGGUGACAACAGUGAAGGGACAGGCGAUUUCAUGCCACCCCUGUCACUGAAUAACAUGAGCUGUUCAAACAGGUAGGUGAAGGUUGCGUAACUGAUGUCCUUUUGUUUCUCUGGAAUUCUCAGCAAUGGCCAAACAAGUUGCUACAAGGAAAGGUUAUUGUUUUGUUGGCCAGACUUUUGCUCCCUGGUGAGGGAGUUGCUCUGGCUGACCUGUGCCUGGGAUGGGGCACUUGCCUCCCUCACACCCAUUCUGCCCCUGGUCCCUGCAAGGGGGGUGAGAGGACAUCCAGAAGGUUUACAGGCAAAAAAGGAAACCCUGGCUCCAUCCCCACACCAGGUGGGAGAAGUGAGAGUUGUGUCUGGCUGGGGAAGAGGUCCUGGCUUGCCUGAAAGUCUGAAGAAAGCAGUGAUGCUGCCCAGUAAAGGUAAGAUAAAUCAUGCUGCAUGGGACAUCAUGGGGAUGAGAAUGGUACAAUAGCCUGAGCAGCUGGAACUGACCCUCUAGGGAGAUCCCUGAAGUCCUUUGGAACUCCUAUUAAUAAUUAACUGUUAUGAUUUCUGAUGCUGUACGGGGGGAAAAAGCAAGAUGUUUUUGGCUCAUAGACAUAAACCCAGCACUGGAACAAGUACUUACAGAGCAAGCUUUUAGCUUCUUGGAGAUUUAUUUGAUAAUCUGUGACAUGUCCAGACCCUGGAUCCCAAUAAAAAUUUGCAGAGCUCUAACCCGAGGCGGAGACUAAACAAUUGGCAAAGGAAGGACUGGUGAAGGAAGAAGAGGAAUGUGCCUAAACCUCUGAAAAAUCUCUAUUCCUCCUCCCUGAAGGAGAGCAAAUGGCAAAUGUCCUGGAGAGGAAGGCGUGGAGUCGUGGCGAGCCAGAUGCAAACAGUGAAGUACCACAAAAGCAAAAAGAAAAA